AUGGAUCCACCAACAAGCACAGAUGUGAAUAAUGGUGCCGAUAUAAAUUCAACUCUCGGUAUCACCAAUUCAAUGGGUACAAGUUUUGCAACAACUACAGCAACCACAGCACCAUUACAUCCUUAUUCUUUUGUUGAAACAAACGAUUCAAGUAUGAAUAAUAGUACAAACCAUAAGACUUUGAGUUAUCAUGAACUGAAUUUAUUGCAUAAUUUAAAACCAAUGAUCAAUAAAUUGUCUCUGCUAGACACUGUACCACCAAAUGAAGAUGGACCAUGUUGGUUGACACUGAAACUAUCACAACAUCGUCAGUCAUCAUCCUCCUCAUCAUCGUCGGGUGGUAGUAGCUGUUCUAGUUCACGACCAACCACUGGUAAUCGAUAUCAUCAUUUUAUGAACUACUUCAAGCAUAGUUCGCAUAAAGUCUCAUAUACAAAUUUAUCAUCUUUACACAAGACUACUACUGCUACUAUUACUACAACAUCGAAUCAUGUAACAAAUUCCAUGAUGAUUGAUUCAAACAAGAGAGAAGACAAUAAAUUGAAUAAUACUUCUACUAAUCAUAUGAAUUACAAUGAAGCAGAAGAACACAACGUUUGUCGGCAUGUUAAUCUAAGAACUGGCUUAUUAAAUUUAUUGUGUUUUAAUUGUUCAAAACAAUGCUGCUGUUGUUGUUGUUGUUGUCGUGAAUUGGAGCAAGAAAAGCCUGAGAAUGAUACUGGUUUAAUGAAGAAUCAAUGGUCAAUGGUUGAUAUGUUGUACUUUGCCACUAUCAUCUAUAUUCCAUUUUUAAUUUUAUUCGGUUUCAUACAUUUGUUAGUUAUGCCUAAGUCCAUUUUAUUACUGAUUGCUUCUUCGAUUGCUACAGCCUAUAUAACUUUACAGUUAGUGAUAAUUGGUGCUGUUAAACGAUUCGCA